AUAUAUGGUACAUACACUACGCAAGAAGAAAAAAAGGAAAAAGGUCCCCACUUUGGCACUUAUUCAUGAUUCUCUAGCUAGCUUCUCCAUAUUUAUCACACAACUGAAAUAUUAUGUGACCAUAAUUAUCAACAUUGAAAAAAAAAAACUUCCAUGGCUAAGCCUUAUAGUUCUUUGUCAUGUCUAAUCAUCUCAUUUUUUAUCACCUUAUUGCAAUUGAUCAUUCCUAGCCAAGAAGACAAAAUAACACCACCCCCAUUGCCAAUUCUACCAUUACCAAAUUACGCUCAACUAAAAUGGCAACAAAGAGAGCUCAUUAUGUUCCUUCAUUUUGGUGUCAACACGUUCACGGAUAGCGAAUGGGGCACCGGCCAUGAAAAUCCUGCUAUAUUCAACCCGACCAGCCUAGAUGCCAACCAAUGGGUUGACACGGCGGUUAAAGCAGGAGUGUCACUUGUGAUACUCACUGCUAAACACCACGAUGGUUUCUGUUUAUGGCCUUCUAAAUACACAGAUCAUUCAGUUAUAAGAAGUCCUUGGAAGAAUGGCCAAGGUGAUGUUGUCCGAGAAUUUGUUAAUGCGGCUAAGGCUCGUGGCGUGGACGUUGGUUUGUACCUUUCUCCGUGGGAUCGCCAUGAUAAGAGAUAUGGCCUAACUAAGGAGUACAAUGAACACUAUUUGGCCCAACUACAAGAACUUCUCGAUAAAUAUGGAGAUGUUAAAGAGAUAUGGUUUGAUGGAGCAAAGGGUUCGAACGCACCAAACAUGACGUACUACUUCGACGAUUGGUUCGCAAUGGUGAAGGAAUUACAGAGCGCAAUCAACAUAUUUUCCGAUGCCGGACCAGGGAUCAGAUGGGUCGGAAAUGAGAACGGAUCCGCCGGAAGCACAAGUUGGUCCACUAUCAACCGAACAUUGUUGUCCAUUGGCGCUAGUAACGUUGAUUAUCUCAACACCGGAGACCCAAAGGGGACAGAUUGGCUACCACCAGAAUGUGAUGUAUCCAUUCGAGAAGGAUGGUUUUGGCAUAAAUCACAAGCACCAAAGAACCUAAGUGACUUGCUCGAAAUUUACUACAAUUCCAUCGGGCGAAAUUGCGUAUUGCUACUUAACGUGCCUCCUAAUACGCAAGGAUUAAUAUCCGACAGCGAUGUACAAAGAUUAAAAGAAUUUAGAAAUGCAAUUGACACAAUAUUCUCCACCAAUCUGGCCACCAAGUGUUCGAUAAAAGCAAGUAGUCAGAGGGGAGGUAAACAUCUAGGUUUUGGACCCGAAAACGUGCUAGACAAUGACCAUUUGUGGACGUAUUGGGCUCCAAGAGAUGAUAAAGACGACCAUUGGAUUGAGUUCAAAACGAAGAGUAAGCCGUUGAGGUUUAACGUGGUAAGGAUUCAAGAAGCAAUUGGGCUAGGACAAAGGGUCAAAAGGCAUGAAAUUUAUGUAGAUGGGAUGAAAAUUGCAAAUGGAACCACAAUAGGAUACAAGAAGCUUCACAGACUAGAAAAAAGGAUGGUGAAUAAUGCUUAUAGUGUGAGGAUCAAGAUAAUUGGAUCAAGGGGAACCCCUUUGAUUUCAUCAGUUGGUCUCCAUUUUGAUCCGUUUUGGAAUCCAAAUGGGCAGCAGGUAGCCACAUGAUAUGAUGGUCCACUUAGUGUAGCACUUUCUGCUGAUCGAUCUCCAUGUGGGCUUAAUUAUAUCUUUGCCUAAUUCUUGUCUCAGUGUAGAUUCAUAUAAAUUAGAAACACAAGAUGUGAUAAAUGCAGAAUAAAGUGUUGAAGUUGCUAUUUCUA